GAUAUAAUGGAAUUAAUUAUGAUCCAGAAAAUUUACCAAUGCGUUCUCAUACUGACCAUCUUCAAGAUAUUGAUGCAAUGGAAAAUAAAGGACUUAGGAAUAAAAUACAAUAUAAACGAG